GGGAGAUGAAAUGGAUGGGAGUAGAAAAUGAUCCAAAAAUAGAAUUGAGAAAAUGAUUUUAAAAAUUGGGUGAAUUUCAGAGAUUAAAUUUAAAAAAUAAUAAUAAUAAUUUAGGAGUGAAAAAAAAGGGAAGAGGAAAAGUUGAUUGCAUUUGCAUUUAGCAUCCACAUGGCAUUGGGUUAAGGGGAAGGGAAAGUGGUAUUUAUAGUUGGCGAGACAUGGCCAAGCUUCUUCUGUGUGCAUAUUUCUUGUAACUGAGAACACAGAUUUCCUAGUCAUGGGGAGGUUGUUCGUGGUGAGCCUCGAAGGAAGGAUCUAUAGCUGCAAGCACUGCCGGACCCAUCUUGCUCUUUAUGAGGACAUCGUUUCCAAGUCUUUCCAAUGCAGACAUGGGAAAGCUUACCUCUUCAAUAAAGUAGUGAAUGUCACUGUUGGAGUAAAAGAAACGAGAAUGAUGAUGACGGGGAUGCAUACCGUUGCUGAUAUCUUCUGCGUUGGCUGUGGAUCAAUUGUGGGAUGGACAUACGAAACUGCCUUUGAAAAGAACCAGAAGUACAAAGAAGGCAAGUCAGUAUUGGAGCGGUUCAAAGUGUCAGGCCCUGGUGGAACCAGUUAUUGGGUCAGCCAUGCUCGAAGUCAUGAAGUAGCACAUGGUGGAGGAAGUGAUGCAGAUGAAGCUUGAUGAUGAUGAUGAUGCCUACCCCCUUAUUAUUCCAAACUGUACAUUCUGCUCUUCCAAUGUUCAUAUUCUUCAACUCAUUGUUCUUCAUCAGUUCCUCAUUUCAGCACAGCUACUAAACUUGCUUGCUGCUUUGUAACCGAACUGGACACAUUUCAUUGUGAUUCUUCUUUAACUUGAUGAUAUUCCUUAACUUUGCAACAGGAUGGAAUGUUUUUCAUUGAA